UGCCGGCGGUAUCGAUCGCGGUUCUUUUUGUUUAACGAAUAAAGGUUUUUUCAAUACGCUGUCAUGUAGAUACAAUUUGUGUGCAUCAACAUUGAAAACGUUAUCAGUCGUUGCAGUAUUGUGAUUUCACAAAUGUCUGCUAUAAUCUUUUCUAUCAGUUAAGAAAAAUAAAUAAAGCUAAAUAAUUAAGAAAUAUAGUAGUUAAAUGUGAAAAAGCGUGUAAGAAAAACAAAAAAUGUGCAAUAAAUUAUUCGCAGCUACUCAACAAAAUGGAAUACAUAAAAAAUACUAAAAUGAAAAAUUUGAAUUAAGCAUGGCUUAAGCGAGAAUCGAAAAUAAGCAAAUAAAAAACUUUGACACUGCCACUGAAAUUGCAUUUAACUUGAUUAUUUAUUACUGUAUUAUUAAAAAUAAUAAUUAAAAAUUAAAUUUUAUACGAAAUGUCUGUGUACAAACAGCACAAAUCCAAUCUAUAUAAUACUCCCAUCAUUUACUCAAGAACUACAAAACAUACUGAUAUCACUGAAUGUGAGGAAUUGGUACCAGAUGUCGGCAGCACUGACAAAAAACUAUUAAGCAAAGGGUUAAGUAAUUCCCUCGUGUCGAAUAGCACUAAUAUCACUCCUUGUUCUUGUCGGUGCCAUAUAACAUCUGCCUUAUUACGUACUAAUAAAAGUCAUGAUUCUUACCUAACUAUGCAAACAUUAACAGUAAAUACCAGCUGUUGUCUCUGCGAUAAACAACAAUCAAAAAAUGAUGUGAAUUUUUUAAUUGCCACCGAUACUGGCAAAUUACCUGAAAGAGAAAAGAUGUUGCGAUAUUCUUUUAAAGGUCACCCACCGGAAUUAUAUUCUCCAAAAAGAGAAUUUAUUUACACCCGUCCAUUGGUCAACAAACAGCUGGUGCUUAAAAAAAGGUUUGAGUGGUGGUUCUUCAAAAACAAAUGCAAAGAUAUGUCUGAGCAAAAAAAUAUAAGUAGAUACAUAAAAGCGGCUUGCAUAGUGGCACUAGUUUGUUUCCUUGUUUAUGUGUUUAUACUACCAGGUAGUAAAACUAAAAACGAUAAGCAAAUUUUGCGAAAAAUACAACCCGAUUACUCAGAAAUCAAUUACUCGGAUUUCAUGAAUCACUCGCUAAUAAGCGAUGUGGAUUGGACAAAUGAGGAUAUAGAAAAUGAUAUAGAUGAAAUUAAUAAUAGCAUUCCGGAUAACUUUAUAAGUGAUUAUGUGACACUAACAAAAGUAGAUAAUGUCGGUUUGAAUGCAGAUGAUAUGUUGUAUGAAUCGAAACGGAAACAUAAUUAUAAUAAAAAUUUAAAAACAAAAGAUAACUAUUCUGCAUUUAGCAAAACGGGCACAUUUCGAAGCAAAUCUAGUCAGAUUUGGGAUCCACAUCCCGAAUAUAUAUUUAAUGCAUUUGGUCGUAAAUUUCACAUGCUUUUACAUCAGGAUACCUCUUUUAUUCCUCCGAAAACAUUUAGAGUAAUACGUAUUUUAAAUAAUAGAACUGAAGAAGAAGAAGAAGGAGAGGAGCAUUAUCUUGGCUGCUACUAUAAAGGUGUUAUACAAGAUGACAUCCAAUCAACAGUGGCUGUUUCAUUGUGCCAUGGCAUGACUGGUUACAUAAAAACAAGUUUUGGUACGUUACUGAUUCAACCGGUCAACCAAACGAAUGACGAUUCGGCAGACAUUGUACACAAAGUGUGGCGACAUUCAAGUCGGAACGGUAGACAUGCUGUCUCCGGUAAUCUUGACAUGGAUUUAGGAGUGUUAGAGCAACACAUUAACAAAACGCGGUUACGCAAAAAACGAAACUAUGUUGAUCGAAACUUAUUUACAAUGGAAGUAUUAAUUGCAGUUGAUCGCUCUAUGAACGAGUUCCACAAAGAAGACUUACAUUCAUAUAUUUUAACCUUAAUAUCAAUAGUAUCUAAUAUAUUUUCGGAUGCAAGUAUAGGUAAUUCCAUUUACAUAUCAGUUGCCAAGAUUCUGAUAAUACAAGAUGAUUUGAUGAGAAUGAAAACUACUUCUGCUUCUGCGUUGCUAAAGAGCUUUUGUCAUUUCCUUUCAAACGGCAAAUAUCAUUACGAUACAGCAAUGCUAAUAACCCGAAAUCAGAUAUGUCGCAAUGAACGUGCAGCGAUGUGUGACACCCUGGGUUUAGCUGAGUUGGGUACUGUUUGUAAGCGGCACUCCUGCUCAAUUGUACAGGACAAUGGAUUACCAGCUGCUUUUACCAUUGCACAUGAACUAGGUCAUAUUUUAAAUAUGCCGCAUGAUGAUGACGAUCGUUGCAAAAUGUUCAAUAAGCUGGGAACAAAAAGAAAGCAUAUUAUGUCAAGUGUGAUGGGUAAAGAUAUUCACCCUUGGUCCUGGUCGGAUUGUUCACGUUAUUAUGUAUCAGAAUUUCUAGAAAAAGAAGAUACAUCAUGUUUAGAGGAUACACGUACCGUAUCAAUUAAAAAUUACAACACCAAAUUACCUGGUGAGAUAUAUUCAUUGGAUCAGCAAUGUCAGUUAAUAGACGGCAGAGACUAUGUAUUUACAAAUAGAGGAGAUGAAUGCAAGCAAUUGUGGUGCAUCUUUAAAGGGAGUUAUUAUUCAAGUAAUUUACCAUGGGCUGAUGGUACUCCGUGCCGAAACAAUCGUUAUUGGUGCCAAAAAGGUGAAUGCGUUUCUCGUGAGGGAAAUACGCUACAAGUUGUUAAUGGAGGAUGGGGUCAUUGGAGUUCAUUUACACCAUGUAGUUUAACAUGUGGAGGGGGAGUGCAAGAAUCUCAACGUGAGUGCAAUAAUCCACUUCCCAGAAAUGGGGGGAAGUAUUGCGCCGGUAGUCGUAAAAAGUACCGCUCAUGUAAUGCACAAAGUUGUCCUCCCGGUUCUAUGGACUCACGAGAACAGCAAUGUUACGAUAUGAAUGGACGAGAUUUGAGUAUCAAAGGUGUUAGAACACCAGCAAAAUGGAUACCCAAAUAUGGGCUUUCUUUAAAGGAUAAAUGCAAACUGUUUUGCCGUCUCGAAGACAAUAGUGCAUACUUUCAACUUUCUGAUAAGGUAAAAGACGGAACAACAUGUUCCUUUGACAGUUUUGAUAAGUGUGUAAAUGGCAUUUGCCGUCCAGCAGGUUGCGACAAUGAACUUAAUUCGCUCGCCAAACUAGAUAAAUGUGGCGUAUGUGAAGGAAAUAAUGAUACAUGUGAGGAUUAUACCGGAAAUUUUUAUGUGUCUGAUCUGCAUAAACUACAACCAAAAAAAAAUUCACAUUUUUAUUAUGUCACAACAAUACCAAAAGGAGCGUCCAAUAUUGUUGUAACUCAACCAGAAGAUCAAAACAUGACGUAUAUCGUACUAAGGGAUGACGAAGGUAAUUCUUUAUUAAGUGGCAACAGUGUUAUACCGACUUAUCGUAUUGUAAGCUUCUAUGCUGGUGUAACCAUUGAAUACAAUGGAUCCGCAAAUAAAGUCGAAAGAGUGAAUACCACGUACUCCCUUAAACUGAAACGUGAUUUGAUAGUAGAGAUUAUAUCAAUUUUAACAAAUGCCGAACUAAGUAACGACUCCUUACUUGUAACUUACACAUACACGAUGGAGAAACCCAGAUAUAGUGAACCGCAGGUGGAGAUUUAUCGUUGGGAAAUGCAACAAUGGAGCAACUGUGAUGCUCUAUGCGAAGGAAGGCAACAUCGUUUACCUGUUUGCAUUAGCACGACAGUAGCUCUUAAAGUUGCACCACAAUAUUGCGAUGAAAUAUCGAAACCAGCAACGGAGUACAGAAAUUGUAAUUCGGAUUGUGUGCUUAAUUUAAAUCUGACAAGUAUUUCGGAAUGCUCAGCUACAUGUGGAAUAAGAGGGACUCGUGAACGGAUCUAUCACUGCAUUCAAACUUUUACUGAUAUUAAUCGUUCGAAUAUCGUUGACUUAUCGUUUUGUAAGUCAAAAUAUGAAGUUAUUCAACAUGAGCCAUGCCACGAAGGCUGUUGGAAUUACACCGACUGGACAACAUGCUCAAAAUCAUGUGGAAGUGGCAGUCAAACUCGUAAUGUGGCUUGUUUUCUCAAUGAAACCAGAGUAAAUGAUACACUUUGCAACCCAAUUAAAAAAAAAUGGAAUGAUGCAUUAAUAAAGUCAUGUAAUCCACAACGUUGUCCAGAUUAUGAGGAAUACGCGACACAUUCAAGCUUAGUACCAAUUUAUUGGCGAUAUAGUGAAUGGGGUCCAUGUAACGAGCAGUGCGAAAAAAACCGUACUGUAAUUUGCAUAAAUCCUAGCGGCUGUCCUGAAGAUAAACGGCCAUUUUCUAGACGAAAAUGUUGCAAUAUUAAAUACGUGUCUAAUUGGUCCAAGUGUUCGGUGGAUUGCGGAAAUGGAACCCGAGUUAAGGAAAUGCAUUGCGCUCGCGUUUAUAGACCAGACGUGAAAGGAGAUCAGCGGAAACGUAUCAUUAUUGAUAAUUCAUAUUGUAAAAGUUUAAGAAAACCUACACCAAAACGUCGUACAAAGCCGUGCAAGGUUAGUUGCAAGUGGUCUACAUCAAAUUGGACUCAAUGUCCAGCAGAUUGUAGCGAAGAGUAUCAAUCGCGAUCUGUUUACUGCGAAUCAUCUUUAGGAAAUCCUAUAACUUACAAAUACUGUGAUGCGACAAAAAGGCCGCCUUCUAAAAAAAUGUGUAAUAAUUGUAUCAGAAAAGAAUUAAAAAUUAUAUCUAAGUGCAAUUGUCAGGGUAUACGUCGACGUCGAAACCUUUGUUAUGAUUCAUCGAAAAGACGCAUACAGUGCCCAACAAAAGAAAAUAUUUUUAAAGAAAAAUGCAAGCCUCCUCGAGAAUGUCUACCAAAAUCUUGUGAAGAGAUACGACGCUUUUAUCAAAUAUAUCAGGAUGGUGAAUACGAAAUUUUUGUUAACUCGCUAUCCAAACAAAUUUACUGUUACGACAUGAGAAAUUCGCCCAAAGAAUAUGUGACUGUUAAUCCUAAUGAAAAUUACUCAAUAUAUUAUGGAUAUAAAACAAGUGAUCCGGAUACUUGCCCACCCUUGUCAAGGCAUCGUGAACAUCGCGACACAAACAUAAACUCAGGACGAACAACAUUUCAUAAAAUACGUGUUAAUAUUACAGACUUACGUGUUAUAGAGAAUGAUUUUAUAUUUGCUAAUACAAUUGGUACGCAGCAGGCAUUUGGAUCAGCAGGUGACUGCUAUAAUCGAAAUAUGGAAUGUCCGCAGGGUGAUUUCUCAAUAAAUUUAGAACACACAGGCUUUAGAAUACGACCGGGCACUAAGUGGGAUCGAUUUGGGAAUAGCGUCAUAAUGAAGGAAUCAAAUUUGUUUGAAAAAUCAUUAACAAUGCGCCGUGCACUUUGCGGCGGUUACUGUGGGCGGUGUUCGAUAUCUCAGCGAUACGGUCUAUAUCUUAGUGUCUGAGAAUAGUAAGAUGUGUGAAAGACGAUUCAUAAGAAAUCUACAUGUGGUGCUAUUUUUGAUAACAAUUUACAUAUUGUUGCCAAUUAACAAAAAUAAUGCAUUUACUACUUGAGUCAUAAUGAAUAUUAUUAUAAUUAAUUAGAAACUCAAAAAGAUUAUGUAAUAAGCGUGGGUUGAACGUAAAUCGCUCAAACUACACGUGAACCACUCCGAAACGCUUUCAUUAAAAGUAAUUUGUAAAGCUGUUAUACGACCAAUGAAUUAUGAAUUACUACCCUUUGUUUCAUUGAAACUAUUUUUAAUAUGCAAAUCGUUCUGUUUAUAUAUAAAAUUAUAUACAUAUAAACAUGAAUAUUUGGUACAGGUUAAAUGUUCUGAAUUUGGGACAAAAGCGUAAUACAAAUAUUUACAAUCAAUUUUUUAUAAAAGU